GCAUAUACCGCGUGCGCGCCAAAGUCCAAUUGGACCAUCUCUCUCUCUCCCUCUCUCUCUCUCUCGUCUUCCUCUCUCCUUCUUGUACCUGCAGCUCCAUCAAAUUUUCACCUAAUUCUCUUCUUCCACAUUACACUUGCCUCGUAUUCAUCUAAAUCACAAACACACACACAUAAUUAUUAUCUACAACGCACUGAGGUUAAACGCAUCAGCCAUGGCUUCAUCGCUGUUUAGCGGCGAGAGAGUCGUGGUAGCUCUAUUCACCUUCCGUAUAAUUUAUUCCACCUCCCCCUCUCUGCUCUACGAAUCCGUUUCUCUCUCUCUCCUCUUUCUCUUCUCUCUCUUCGUCGAGAUCUCUCUCGAAUCGUCUCCUUCGCACUCCUCCUUGUUGAACACGCGGCCUGGAGCUUCUUCGGGGGUUCUUCUCGGUGCGGUGUCGUUGCCAGGUGUUAUGUUUUCGAGGUUGUUAUUAAAUUCACGUGCGCUUUUGGUCAAUGAAAUUGGACCUGAAGAUCUUGAAUAUAUGUGGUUGCAAUAUUGGGCUACAACUGCUAGCUGUUUCAGUGUGCUGGUUUAUCUUUGUUUUAUACUGCGCAACCAGUUCAGCCACAAUCAUUUGUUAAGUUUACACGGUUAUUGGCGAAACAAAUUGAACAUAGGUUUCAUAGCAUUAUGUGCAGCACUUUUUUGUGUGUCUACUGCAAAAUCUUUUAGCGGUCGGUAUACGACACUAUUGUUAUUUUGGGUACUCCUUCAUGGAUUAGCAACUGUGAGAUUGAUUCAGCAUGUGCUCCAUACUUUUCCAGCAUGUGCAUCAGUUGGCGAGGCACUUCUAGUUACAAGUGGCCUUGUAAUAUAUUUCGGAGACAUGUUUGCAUGUACUCUUGUGAAGAUUUAUGGAUACCUGGUAUCAUCAGAAUUUAAUUCUAUUCAUUCUGGAAUUGAAAGGAGUGAGAUAAGCACUAUUAUUCAGGGUGUGCUGCUUGGGCUGCUCCUCUUUCCAUUUUUCUUCAAGUACGUUAUCCUGAUUUGGCAACAGAUUACAAAUUCAGCAUACACUGAAGCCAGAGAAGAUCAUCAGAGGGGAAAAGCUGCUCUGUUCUAUGCCUCUUUAGCAUGUAUCUUGAUUUUGAUAGUUCCUUCAUGGAUGCAGUUAGUUCAUGAUUUUCCUGCACAUCCAUUACUUUGGAUCUUUGAUUUUGUGUUCUCAGAACCUCUCAAGAGACUAUCAUUAUGUAUAUACUGGGUGUCUGUUAUAUAUGCAUCAGUGCUCCGAUUUUAUAAUAUAUCAAAGAGCAGUAAGAUUGAAAGGAUUCUUCUUCGAAAGUACUACCAUUUAAUGGCUGUUCUGAUGUUUGUACCUGCUCUUAUUUUACAGCCAAAGUUUCUCAAUUUGGCAUUUGGUGCAGCUUUGGCGGCUUUCCUUGUGCUAGAAAUUAUUCGAGUAUGGAGAAUUUGGCCUCUGGGACACCUUGUGCAUCAGUUUUUGAAUGCUUUUACUGAUCAUCGUGACUCUGAUCUUCUUAUUGUUAGCCACUUUUCACUUUUAUUGGGCUGUGCACUUCCGAUCUGGAUGUCCUCUGGGUUCAAUGACCGACCACUAGCUCCCUUUGCUGGAAUUUUGAGCCUCGGAAUUGGAGAUACUAUGGCCUCAAUGGUUGGUCACAAGUAUGGGGUUCUAAGGUGGAGUAAGACGGGCAAGAAAACUAUUGAAGGCACUGCAGCCGGCAUAACAUCUGUCCUGGCUGCUUGCUCUAUUCUACUUCCAAUUUUGGCCACAACUGGAUAUAUUUUUACACAGCAUUGGUUUUCUCUUCUACUAGCUGUGACGUUGAGUGGGUUGUUAGAGGCUUACACAGCACAGCUUGAUAAUGCUUUUAUACCUCUAGUCUUCUACAGCCUGCUUUGCAUAUAAUCUCAAGGUCUUAUAGCUGCACAAAAUAUAAAUACACAGGAGUCAAUCAGAAUACAUAAACAGGAGGUUUCCGAAUAUUACUGAUUCAAAUUGGGUGGUUUGUUUCGCAGUAGUUUGUACUAUAUGCUAACAUAGAGUAGUGCACUGGUUCCAUUAGGUGGUUUAGAGAAUGCAGAAUUUUUUGUAUUGUUUGUGUCAGUAAUGUUGUAACAGAUCUGAGUGGAGGGUAUAGAUGAGAAAGAUUAGUGUAAAAUGUAAGCGGCUGACUACAGUAACUACUGACACAAUUUUGUAAUAUAUCAUCAUUAUUUUGCUAAUUAACACACACAAACUUACUUUGCCUUGCCA